AUGUCGACGGCCUCAGCUGCACUACAGAUGUCAAUGGGCCCGACUGCUGCUGGUGCUUUGCAGCUGGCUAUGGAUACAUUAUGGGCAGCAGUAAUCCAGACUACUGUUGUGCAGCUGGCUACAGGUAUGUCAUUGGUGGUGGUGGACUGGAUGGCUGUUGUUGCUGCAAGGCUGGCUUCAGGCACGUCACUGGUGGCAGCAGACUGGACUUCUGCUGCACAGUCAGAUAUGGGUACAUCCAAGAACCAAGGUGCUGCUGCUGCUGCUUGGCUGGUCGCGGGUACAUCCAUUUGUUUGGCUGCUGCUGCAUUGCCAGCUGAGAGUACAUCCACAGAGGUGGCUGCGUUAUCGUCAUUAUCAUCAUCAUGGAAUGCAGAGUGGGCUGCAUCAUCAUGGGUGAUGGUCAUUGACCAGACUGUAUUAUCUUCAUCCUCGUCAUCAUGGGCAGCAUCAUCAUCAUGGGCAGCAGAGCAGGCUGCUGCUGCACACUGCCGCAGGUCAGCUGCUGCUGGACAUCCAAGUCAACCACACAGUAUCACCUCCAUAUCACGUGAACAGACAGAAUGA